AUGACAGAACAAUUGCCUGUUAAAUUUCAAGAACAUCUACAAUUACAAAAUGUCGGUAUCAAUGUUACAAAUAUUGGUUUCAGUUCCCUUACGAUGGAAUCGGAUAAAUUUAUAUGCGUUCGUGAGAAAGUUAAUGAUACAGCCUUUGUUAUUAUUAUUGAUAUGGCUGAUCCAACUAAUCCAAUUAAGCUACCUAUUACAGCGGAUUCAGCCAUCAUGAAUCCAACAAGUAAAGUCAUUGCAUUAAAAGCUGGUAAAACAUUACAAAUUUUCAAUAUUAAAUUAAGUAGUCGAAUGAAAACAUAUACUAUGGAAGAAGAUAGUAUAUUUUGGAAAUGGGUUAGUGUUAAUACCAUUGGUAUUGUUACAGAAACAUCAGUUUAUCAUUGGACUAUGGAAGGUGAUAGUCAACCCGAUAAAAUGUUUGAUCGGCAUCAAAGUUUACUUGGUUGUCAAAUAAUUAACUAUCGUACUGAUGAAUCUUGGCAUUGGCUUCUUGUCAAUGGUAUCAAAGCUCAAGAAGGUCGUGUUGUUGGUCGUAUGCAACUUUAUUCAGUUGAACAUAAAGUUUCCCAACCAAUUGAAGGGCAUGCAGCUGCAUUUACACAAUUUAAACUUGAAGGAAAUACAAAAACAUCAACACUUUUUUCAUUUGCUGUUCGGGGUCCACAAGGAGGGAAACUUCAUAUUAUUGAAGUUGGAACACCACCACCAGAGAAUCAAGCAUUUCAAAAGAAAGUCGUCGAUGUUCAAUUUCCAGCUGAAUCACCAAAUGAUUUUCCUGUUGCUAUGCAAACAUCAGCCAAACAUGGUGUCAUUUUUUUAGUUACAAAAUAUGGUUAUGUACACAUGUUUGAUAUUGAAAGUGGAACGCUGAUUUGCAUGAAUCGUAUUAGUGCUGAGACAAUGUUUGUCACAGCACCCUAUGAACCAACAUCAGGCAUUAUUGCUGUUAAUCGUAAAGGACAAGUUGGUGAUCGAUGUUUCGAACAAGGAAUGCAUGAGGCUGCUAAAAUUCUUUAUAAUAAUAUAUCAUAUUAUGCAAAAUUAGCUGUUACCUUAUGUCAUUUGGGUAAUUAUCAAGGUGCAAUUGAGUGCACGUAA